AUGGAGCCAAACAGUCCCAAAAAGAUACAGUUUGCUGUGCCUUUAUUCCAGAGUCAGAUUGCACCCGAAGCAGCUGAGCAGAUCAGGAAAAGAAGACCUACACCAGCAUCACUUGUGAUUCUCAAUGAACAUAACCCUCCAGAAAUAGAUGACAAGAGGGUGACCAACACACAAGCAGAAGCACAGAAUGCAACCCCUAAGCAAAGGAAGCAGAGUGUGUAUGCACCACCCACCAUGAAAGGGGUUAAGCAUAUGAAAGGCCAGAAUGAAUCAGCGUUCCCUGAAGAGGAAGAAGGCGUGAACGAGAGGGUACAGCAGUGGGACCAUUAA